AUGGAAUCUAAAGAAUUCCCUAAAAUUUUGCACUUAAGAUGCUUAUUGUGCUCUCGAAAUGAUCCCAACACUGGAUUCUAUUACAUUUUUCAAAAACAUAUGCCAAAAUCAAAUAGAACAAUAAAGGCUGUUCUAACGCAUUUGGCCAAAUGCAUUAAAGAAAACUUCAAUUUCGAUUACUAUUCCACCGUGUGUGGUUUAUGCUUUGAAAAACUAUCGGAAUACGAUGAAACAAUGGUUCAAUUACUAACUCAUCAAAAAAAUCUAGGCCAAAUGUUGGAAAAAGCUAUACAAAGAUUAAAAAAUGGAACUGAUAUGGAAUCUGUUGAUGAUGAAGACAAUGAAUUUGAUCUAAUUACCGAAGAACAUGAUGAUCAUGAUUCUCAGUCUGUCAAAGACGAAGUUGCUAGCGAAUGUUCCAUAAAAAGCGACGACGAUGAUCAAUCUGAUAGCAAUGAUAUGAAUGAAGAUUCUACAAAUCUUUCAUUUCAAUGCACUAGUUGCGACGAUACUUUUAAAUCAAAUAGAGCCUUGCAAAUGCACCUUAAAAGCCAUAUAAAUUUGGUAACAUGUUCAGUUUGUGGAGUUUCUUGUAAAGACGCGGAAUACCUUGAACUGCACAUGAACAAAACCGAAAGGCAAAACCGAAACCGAAUGUCGAUAUUGUCCCAAAAAAUACUCCCGCCGCCGCCGUUUGCACGUUAUACGACACAUGCAAGUUUUUCAUUGGGAUAG